CGUUGCUAUUGCGUCUCGGUGGCAAUGUGUCAUAAUACCGAGGCUUAAAUGUGCGCACACCUGUUAUCACAUGGCUCACCUCAACAUGUUAUUCAAUCUGGCAUCAACUUGGAUAAAUGUGUGUGCCGACCAUUCAAAACUAAUGUUACUUAAGAAAAAUCCUAAAAUCUACGAGGAAAAUCCACAGCAGAGACCACAGAGAUACAGUCACCAUCGUGACGAUCGACAGCAGCAGCAGCAGCAGCAACAGCAACAGAAGCAACAAUAACAACAAA